AUGUCAGAUUUUAAUAUUAUUAGCUUCUUAGAAGAAUAUCAAAGGUAUCCAUGUUUAUGGCUUAAAAAGGAUCCGAACUAUAAACUGCGACACAAACGCGAUGCAGCUGAGGAAGCACUGCUUGCUUUUACUAAACUACCCAACAUUAAACAACUGAGACAAAAGAUUAGGAGUAUAAGAUGUACUUAUAAUCAAGAGACAGCUAAAGUAAGAUCAUCUAUGGUGACAGGAUCUGGUAAACAUGAUGUGUAUGUACCAAAAUUAAGCUGGUUUACAUUAGCUGACAGCUUUUUGAAAAAAAAUAAUGAAGGACAGAGAGAAUCUGAUUCGAAUUUUGCAAUUCCAUCUCAAGAACUUGAAAACACUACUUUGGCGAUAAAUAAUAGUGAUGUUUCAAAUAAUAGUGAUGUUUUGAAUAAUGUAGCUUCACAAAGUAUGACACAAAAUAUAAUUCAAACAACUACAACAACUAGGAAACGCACUAAAAAGCAAAGUGGCCAAACGUCUAACAAACAUUAUGAUCAAUCAUUAGAUAAAGCAGUUAAUACACUAAAAUUUGUUUGCGAACAAAAAUCAAAGACAAACGAAUUUAUUAUUUUUGGACAGUAUGUUGCAGCUCAAUUAGAAAAAUUACCAUUAGAAGAAUCCAUUCUGUUACAAGAGAAAAUUCAAAAUCUGCUAACUAAAGCUCGUUUAGACGAAAUAUCAAGAUCAGCAUCUUCUACAGCACUAUUGACUAAAAUUGUACACAAUGAGACAAACUAUGAUUAUGAUGAUAAUAAUGUAAUUGAAGAAGUUGAAUUUGAAGAUGAGCCAGAAACAUCUCAUGAUAACAAUAUAUCUGAGUCUAAUAACAUAGCAGUGUACUAUAACAACUUUAUGUGA